AUGGUUAGACUACUAUUAUUAUUAUUUGCAAUAUUACUCAUGGUGAUCCAUGCAACUUCAACUACUACCCAAAGGAAUUAUUUAGUGGUAUUAUUGACAUCGGAUGGUAGCUCUCACGAUCUUCAUUCCUUACCUACAUCUUCUCCAGAUUCUAGUCGACCAUUUCGAGUUGCUUGGACAACCACUACUGGUCUAUCAUCUAUAAAGUAUAUUGAUCAAUCUACCUUCGAUGGAGUGGCAAACCAACUAUUUGCUCCGACACCAAGUCAAACCAAGUCAUUUCCGUGCUUGAAUGUAACUACAGUCUUGGCUACAUUAACUCAAGUUUGGACGAAUAAUACUAUAGAUUCCAGUCUAUUCAUACUAAUUGAUAGAAGAUUAUCAUUUUGCAUCAGUAAUAAUUCAUUAAAUAACCAAUGGCAAUCCCCACAACAAGAAGAGUUAAUGGAUGACAUAAUGCUCCAUUUUAAAUCAUCAUUUAAUCUCAUAACUUCACCAGAUAUAACUAUUCCAACAUCGAUUCGUCGAUUAUCAACAUCAACAGGUGGCUACCACUAUCGUAUUCAGCCAAACAUUGCCACUAAAGUUAGCCAAAUUAUCGUCGUUCAUCAUCAGACUCCUUACAAGUGGUUUGAACAUAAAUUUAAUGAUGCAUCUACCAUUACCCUGAAUUUAUAUAAUAAAGUUAUUAAAAAUGUUGUUAUGAUCUCAAAUAAUCGCAUAUUCGCUAGUCCCUCACCAACUAGAAGUAUUGAAAUAACAUCGCGACAAUUUAUGUAUACUUUUGACAAUCCGUCGACUCCGGUAAUCAGCUUUUUAGUACUAAAUAUUGAUGGCAUAAAGCCCAAUGUUUACGCAGCGGUUGAUCAACCUGCUAUCCGCAACUUAAAAUUCUAUCCUUAUAUCAAAUCAACUAGAAAAUCACCAUUGUUACUGCACAAUCCAAUUGAUGGUCUACCAAACUACAUCCAAUUCACAGCUCCACUUCAACUUCAAUUUAAAACGUUAGAUCUCGUUGAUUCCGUUAAUAAACGGGUGCUAGUUCAUAUUCCAUCUAGUAAAGUAACCAAAGAAGAUCAGAAUCAAGAAGUGAACUACAAAGCUGGGCCAGUUUUAAUACCAAAUCAAUAUUUUACUAUUAAGCUACGAGCCACUAACGCCCUGGGCUCAAUCUAUAUGCCGACGAAUAAGCCAAUUCAAAAUCGUCUUAUAGUCACGCAACAAAACCGAUCAGCAUAUAUUCCUUGCAAUCCCAGCUUGUUUGCUAGAUUGCGUUUCCCCAAAAUACAAUUUCAGAAACAAUGGUUAAGUAACGUCAAAGAUGGCUUAGUUACUCCAGAAUCGAGUAGAAAUAAAGAUCUUUUAUAUUUUAAGCAAGUUAAUAGCUUGAAUGAAGGAAUUUAUACUUGCACCAUCUCCAAUCGAAACGAUACCAUUGAAUAUCAUCCAUACUACCUGAUUGCGGCGGAUAAAUUCACUAGAAAUCGAAGAACAGUCGAAAAAGGAGAGUAUGUCGAAAUUCGUUGCUCAUCAAAGCAAGGCUUUGCCAUUUUACUCCAUAAUAAUAAAAUUAUUUGGACCAAGUCGAGUAUAAGCCAUCAAGGCAUUAUAGGCCGUAACUUAACUAUUGGAAUUCAAAUCACCGAGAGUUCUAAUGAUAUUUAUACUUGUCGAACCAUAAAACAGCAAAGCUUUGAGGAAGAUACCACGCGUAUUUUGUCAACAGGUACUCUUACGCCGCGAAUUAACGCCUAUCCUGAUGUGAUCACUGCCUAUUUUGGUGAAGAUACAUUUCUAUUUUGUAAUUCAACACUACCAGUUCGAGUUUGGCGUAUUUAUGUCGAUGGCCAAUUUCUUAAAGUAACCAAGACAGCUGAUGUUAUGCUGCUCAUUUCAGCAGCUCAGUUGGCUAAUUUAACCCAUUAUACUUGUGAAGCGGAAUAUCCUUCAGGAAAUAUAUUAAGGCUAGACGUUCCUUUGGUUAUUUUAGAUGGCGAAUGGACUUUAUGGUCACCUUGGUCGAGUUGUAGUAAAACUUGUGGGCAAAGCUUUAAAAAACGUCGCCGACAUUGUCUCUUAUCUAACGGUUUACUCUCGAAUGAACUGUCAACUAAAAAACCUUGCAAAGGCGACGAUAUCUCCACCGAAGUUUGUACUUAUCGUGGAUGUGAUCCUAGCAAUCAACAGCUCGUUCCAUCAUCGGUUAUAACAGGAAACAUCGAAGCCAUUGUUGACAAAAAGCGUACCAAUAUCUCAGUUAAUAUUGUUGCUGUAGAAAAGGAAGAUUUUACGUUAUUUACUAUUGUAACAAGCAAAGUACCUUUACAAUUCCUCAAGCAUUUUUUGGUUAUUCUACCUUCGCUGUCUAGCGUUAAUUGGGUUUAUGGUAAAAGUUUAAAUAGUGCAGUUAGCAGACAAGAAUUCAAAGGCAGAAAAUUUCGUCGAAAGAUGUCUAUUUAUUAUAAAGAUGGUUUUUUUACUUCGACUGUGAUCAAUAUUGCUGGCUCACCUAUGGUAUUCGAAGCCAGUCUUGAUGGUUUUAUUAAUAAUGAUCAAAGUUAUGAUCUAGUACGAGCUCGAAGAGUUCGCGAAUGUUUCAUCCGCUCAAAUCUUAAAACAUUAUCUUGGUAUUUAGCAGACAAUUGCUCUGAUCCAUCAUCCGGGUUCCGAGAUGAAGCUUCCUUUACUGGCUUUGGGAGUAUUGAUUAUGAUUUUCAUCAAGAACCUGCUACGUUCCUUUUCGAAGUUGGACAGUACGAUAUAUUAAAUUGGAAGGAUGUUAACGACAGCUUAAUUAUAGAAAUUUCUGGAUUUAUAGCUAAAUGUAAUCAAUAA